AUGUAUCAUGCUGGAAAGGUGUUUAAAGGUAAUCCUGGCAGACCUAGGUAAAAUAUUUCUGAAGAGCAACGUGAAUUCUUGUUCAUAAGUUCAUAAGUGGUUUAGCACCACCAAAAUAGCCACUGCAAAAAUUAGGACUCUUGAUUUAAGAAGUGACUUUUCCUUACUCGCUUGUAAAGAGGGAUAUCACCUUGAAAUAAGGUUUAGAAUACUUAAAGUAAGAGUUUCAAGACUUGUGUCAAUGUAUGUGAUCUUAUUAUAAACAGAUCAUAAUCUAAUUCACCUUAGAAAAAGUGUCAGGCUAUGUAAAUUGCACUUAAAGGUACAUUCCUCGAUGUGUACCUUAGAGCAAUGGUUGUUCCCAUAACAAAUGCCCGGGGGGGGGGGAGGUACUUAAGGAAUUUCUGGGUGGGAUGUGCUGCUGGGACACUGGAACCCUUAACCUAUGCCUGAGCUAGUUCAGCUGAAUUUUGCUACUCUAUACUAGAGUAAACUGACAAAAGAAAGAAGACUGAAUAAAGGACUGACAGGAAAAACGAGAAAGAGGCAUAUUCAUCAUGUCCCUCCUUUGCUCUACAGGCUACAAGAAAACAGAUUAAGGACCUCUACAAUGAUAAGUUUGCUAAACACACUGUUCUUGUUGAUCAUGAUUAUUAUCUACCUGGCAAACAUAAAAGAAAUGACCCUCAGACAGAGGUAGAAGCUUCUAAAUGUGAAUUAAAUCAUCUUUUCAAGAAAGCCCCAGAACAUUGUUUUGGGAAAAAUCAGUGUGAGCCGCUAGACAUCAACUUCCCACCAGACUUAAUCAUUUCCCAAUCUGUAGCAAUUUCUAACUUACCUGAACAACAGACUGAAACUAGCAUGAUUGUAGAAACUGAAACUGAUAAAGCUAUGAUUUCUGAGGAAACUUUAAAUGAUGAUCCUGAUUUUCAAAGCAAUGGUAACUUUACCAUACCCAAUCCCACACAGUGCUACCCAGAUGACUUGGAUUUAGCUGAUGAGAACUUUAUAGCAGUUUGUAAAGAGUGCAUGAAAACCAUCAAAAUAACUAAAGAUGGUAUCAACACUGUUGAGUAAAAAACAAGAGGGCAAUCUAGCAACUCAGAUUGGUUUCAAUUCAGAUGUGGAAGACUAACUGCAUUGAAAUUUGGUGAAAUCAGUAACAGAAGAGUAACUACACCGCCUGAUAGGCUUGUGAGGGAUGUGUUUCAGCACAACUGCAGGCCAAAUAUACCAUAUCAGUGUCAAGUACGGUUGCAAAUGGAACCAGUCAUCAUAGGUAAAUACAUUCAACAUCAAGAAAACAACGGUCAUGAGGGCAUCACUGUCAAAGAUAAAGGCCUUGUUAUUGAUAAGGAUAAUCCUGUGCUGGCUGCAGGUGUUGAUGGUGAAGUCAGUGAUCCAAAAAUAAAUAUCAUCCAAUUGGAUACCUUGAGGCAAAAUACAACUUAUUCCCAUCAAAGUUAA